AUGUCUCUCAAACACAGCGCUUUCCCUUCCUCCGCCGCCUUCGACGCGAUCAACGCCACCCUCCAGUCUGACGCCGCAGAGCGCAAAGACGCCAUCAACAAGGCCAAGGCCAUCGUUGCUUUCAACAUCAAGAACGCCAAGGGUGAAGAGGAGAGCUGGCAUCUCGAUCUCAAGGACAAGGGACACGUCGCCAAGGGUGCUGCACCCGCGGGCGGAAAAGCCGAUGUGACUCUUUCUCUAUCCGAUGAGGACUUCAGUUCUCUGGUCAGCGGAAAGGCCAACGCGCAGCGACUCUUCAUGGGUGGAAAGCUCAAGAUCAAGGGCAAUAUCAUGAAGGCGACCAAGAUGGAGCCCGUCCUGAAGAAGGCCCAGGGCAAGGCCAAGCUAUAGAUACCCUGUUUUGUAUUUUUUCCUCUUUUACGCCUUUGAACUCGAUGCAUGGACGUCGACUUAUUAUGAUGACGUUUUCUUUUAUUUCUGCUUAGCCUAAAUUGGUAUCGCUUUUGGUAGAAUCUAUCAACACUGGGUUUUUUC